GCCCUGCUUGCUUCUGGAGGCAUUUGGCGGUGAAUUCGGUGGCUUUUUUUGCCUACCCCAACCCUAUAUAGCCUACAGGUAUGCACCCCUCGCCGAAGGUAUUGUGAUCCACACAAAGGAACUCGCUCCACUUUCCUAUUUGAGGUGACCUCCUUCUCAGCAUGCGACCGCUGGCCAGCCUGCCUUGUUGUCCAACGUGAAGAUCUCGCCUUUUGGAUUUCGGGCAGAAUGUUUUAGCCAUAUAAAGAUAGAUUCUCAAUUGAUAGCGACUAUGAUAUAUUGUGCAUUUGGGUAUAUUACGCAUCGUCAAGCCAAGACAUUUGAUUCCUUGCGCCUGAACAUUAGCUAGACUCGACAACCCAAUCAAUGAAUGUCCUUUUUGAGUUCUUCUUCAACGUUUCUUGAACUGCAGAGGCUAUAGCCUACUACAGAAACUGGGAUAUUGCAUUUAUUGUGUGUGUACGCUGUAGCCAUUUCCAACGUCAAGAUGCAGUUUCGGACAGUGUUGGAUGUAAAAGUCGUGGACGUGGAGAAGCGGCGCAAUCCGUCCAAACAUUACGUGUAUCUCAUCAAUGUCACAUACUCUGACAACACCUCCCACAUAAUCUACAGGAGAUACAGCAAAUUCUUUGACCUUCAGAUGCAGAUGCUUGACAAGUUCCCAAUCGAGGGAGGGCAGAAAGAUCCCAAGAAGAGAAUCAUCCCAUUUCUCCCAGGUAAAAUCCUGUUCAGGCGGAGUCAUGUGCGGGAUGUGGCCAUGAAGAGGCUACGUUUCAUCGAUGACUACUGCAGGGCUCUGGUCCGUCUCCCUCCUCAGUUGUCUCAGAGUGAGGAGGUGCUGCGCUUCUUUGAGACCAAAGCUGAUGACCUCAACCCCCCAGGAGAGGACUAUGGAUCAUCCAAGCGCAAAUCAGUGUGGAUGUACGGCUUUACCGACAGUCCAAGGAAAGAGGCCUCAGGCAUUGACAGCUCGGACCCUAUGGUGCUGGAGCAGUACGUGGUGGUGGCCAACUACGAGAGGCAGGAGAACUCUGAGAUCAGCCUGCAGGCUGGGGAGACGGUGGACGUGAUCGAGAAGAGCGAGAGCGGUUGGUGGUUCGUCAGUACAGCCGAGGAGCAGGGUUGGGUGCCGGCCACAUACCUGGACUCACAGAACGGCACUAGAGACGACCUGGAACUUAGCACCGUCAGGACAGGAGAAGUUACUAAGAGACGCAAGGCUCAUCUGAAGAGACUGGACCGCAGAUGGACCUUGGGGGGCAUAGUGAACCGCCAGCAGAGUCGAGAAGAGAAGUACACAACGGUGCAGCCGUACGCCAGCCAGGGGAAGGACGAGAUCGGCUUUGAGAAAGGGGUCACCGUGGAGGUCAUCCAAAAGAACCUGGAGGGCUGGUGGUACAUCAGGUACCUGGGGAAGGAGGGCUGGGCCCCGGCCUCAUACCUGAAGAAGAUGAAGGAGGACUUCUCAUCCUCGGGCAGGAAGAAGACCCCGACAGGCCCUGUGGAGAUCAUCGGCAACAUCAUGGAGAUCAGCAACCUGCUCCAGAAGAAGUCCAGCAGUGAGAAAGAUGUCCAAACGGCUGGAGAUUCCACCAGUCCUGAGCGCCACAUCUCCAAGAGUGAGAUCAGCCUGCCCAUGCCCUAUGCCCCAGGUUACAACCCCAGCCCCGACCACGGCCCAGGUCCCAGUCCUGGGCUGAGUUCUGGAUCUGGGAUGGGUACCUCCAGUCCUAGCCUGGGCCCUGGUGCUAGUGGCCCUCUACAGGACAGUAAGGGGAAGAGGGAACCGGGUUCCCCUGCUGUAGCACGUGUCGCUCCACACAGAGUGUCGAUAGGCUCUCCCAACCUCCGACAAAAACCCCCUCCUAGAAGAGAAACAAAUCUGGGCUUCCAGUUACCCAAGCCGCCAGAGCCCCCUACUGUGGAAGCGGAGUACUACACCAUCGCAGAGUUCCAGUCCUGCAUCUCUGAUGGCAUCAGUUUCCGUGGAGGACAAAAAGCUGACGUUAUAGAGAAGAACUCCGGGGGCUGGUGGUAUGUCCAGAUCGGGGAGACGGAGGGUUGGGCCCCCUGUUCCUACAUCGACAAACGCAAGAAGCCCAACCUCAGCCGACGAACCAGCACGCUUACCCGCCCCAAAGUCCCGCCCCCAGCUCCACCCGUCAAAAAGCAAGACUCAGAGGAGACGCCCUCACCUUCACCCAGUCACUCCAUCUCCUCAUCGUCCAAAGCCACAGAAUCCCCUAGUCGGCCCGCAGUAUACGAGGAACCGGAAUACGACAUUCCCGCCGUUGGAUGCGAGGGCGAGUCGGACACAGAUUCCCUGAAGGGAGAGACAAUACAUCGCCCCCUGGAGGUGAAAAUCAACAAUGUGGUCUAUGAGAAGUACCGUAGUUCUCCUCCGGUCUGCAAGACCUCCCCUGUGAUUAUCAGCUAUAGAAGAAGGUCCUUCAGGUCCGUUGAAGAGAUGGCCAAGGAAGAAUGUAUCUAUGAGAACGAUGGCUUCAGGCGCAGUAGUGGUGAUGAAGGGGCUUUGGCCAAAGGCUGCGGCGGUUCCAACUCCCCAAGGAUCUACCACUCCUCGACUGUACCCCGCAAACCCUCAGGGUCUUCACCUCUAGCAGGGGGAAAGCCAUUGAAGAAGAUCGCCCCAGAGCUGAGCCGGAGCCAGUCCUUAGCCAAAGCCGACACCAGCCCCAGAUCGUCCUCAGAUGAAUCAGGUAGAGGUUCCAGGAGACCUCCAGGCAUCAGGACGGUGGAGCAAAGGAUAGGCCAGAGCCCCUCCACCAAGCUCAAGCCCUCGGUGAGGCCUAAACCUCUGCUCACCACCAAGUCAGAGCCACAGUGUUCCGAGAGGAUGGACAUCACUUCCCUGAGACGCCAGUUGAGGCCCACGGGACAACUCCGGCAUACCGUCCAUGGGCUCAAAGACACAGAGACGUCCUCUGUCAUCUCGUCGGAGGACUCCCAUUCUUCCCGCAACAGCACCUCAGACCUCUCUUCCAUCUACUCCAAGGGGAGCCGGGGAGAUUCUGAUCUGGAGGGGUUCAACCUAUACCGGACCACAGACGCCUACGACAAGGUCCAGGAGUCAGAGCUGAGCUUUCCACCUGGGGUGGAGGUGGAGGUCCUGGAGAGGCAGGAGAGUGGCUGGUGGUACAUUCGUUGGCGGGACGAGGAAGGCUGGGCGCCCACCUUCUACUUGGAGCCCAUCCGCCAAGGGAGGGACGGCGGUGGGUCCGAGUCUGACGGGCAGCGCUCUGGGUCGGGCAGCGGCACUGGGAGCAAGUCCAACAGCCUGGAGAAGAAUGAGCAGCGCGUGCUGGCACUCAACGACAUCAACCUCCAGGGACUCACCAACCACCACCAGGUACACAACACGCCAGGGGGUCUGAGAUCAAGGAACAUUCCCCCCAUCCCCUCCAAGCCUCCGGGGGGCUUCUCCAAGCCGGCUGUGCUGGUUAACGGAGCUGUGAGAAUGAGGAAUGGUGGGGUGAGACCGCAGUCCGCCGUCAGACCCCAGUCCGUGUUCGUGUCUGUGCCACAGCCCGCCAUGGACAGUCAACACUACAUGACGAAUUCCCUGAGGCGGAACGAGUCAUUGGCCGCCCACAACCAAUACCGUACCGACCAGUACCGCUCCGGUUCCGCUACCCUCGGCGUGCGCCGUAACUCCUCUUUCAACGCAGUGCGUGCGCAACCCGUCACAGUCGAGACCCGAUCGAGACCCUCAGAGCGCUCUAUCACCACCAGGGAUUCUUCGGCGGAACGAUUUGGUGCCGGUGGCGGGACGGACGCCUUGAGCAGGGUUGGGGUUGUUGUGCAGCGUAAUGGUAUCCCCGUAACCACAGUCAGGCCCAAGCCUAUCGAGAAGAGCCAGCUGAUCCAUAACAACCUGGGGAGGGAGGUAUAUGUUUCCAUCGCUGACUACCGGGGGGACGAUGAGACCAUGGGCUUCCCUGAGGGCACCUGCCUGGAGGUUCUAGACAGGAACCCCAACGGGUGGUGGUACUGCCAGGUCCAAGAUGCCCUGCACCCCCGCAAGGGCUGGGUCCCCUCCAACUACCUAGAGAGGAAGAAGUAAUGGCCUAGUAAUAAUAACAAUGUCCCCCUUUGAUGAUGUCACUAAGAAUAUUGGUGAUGACAUCACUCCAUAAGAAUGUUACCCCACAAGAGCUACCACAAGCAAUAUGCUCCAAAUAUGUAAACAGAUGAUUGAUUCUGAAAGACUUUAUGUAAAAAAAACAAUAUGUUGUUUUAACCUUAUAAUGAGAAAGAGACACUUUUAUUUCUGGCUUACUAAAGUGUGCACGUAAAAGACUAAAAGUCUUAUUGCGAUAUGGGAUGUAACGAGAGACUGAAAACAGGGUUGGCCACCCCCAGUGUUAGAAACACAAAGAUGUUAUUGGAACUUUGGAACGAUGCGAUUUGACACGACACCUUCUAGAAGGGGUUUACAUUAGAAAGAGAAGAUAGCUGGGCAAUGAUGGCAAGCCUUAUACCUGCCCUUGUGACUAUAAUGCCAAAUAGGUGCCUUUCGUAGAUGAUCAACUGAAUGGGGGUUCGAAGAAGUGGACGGAACACAUCAGUGAAUCAACGUCAUUACCAAAUGUAUUACUGUGCCAUAGGCCUAUGAGCAUGAAUACCACCAAAAUUAUUUUUGUAACGUUCAAGAGAACCACUUGAGUAGGAGUGUUUAAGAGCGUUACCGAGCGAAUAGGAUCAAACUAGAGUGUUGUAGUAGAAUGUUCAGAAUCAAAUAAGAAAAAAACAAGAGAACAGGAGAGAUAUCAGUGACUCUCAGUGAGUCACAAUUGACUCACUGAAAAUGACUAAUUGUUUGAUUAUCUUUUUUAGACAUUACUGUAUGUUUUGUUCUUUAAUAUCUUUGUGUGUCUUUCUGUCUGUCCUUGGAGAUGUAUUUCUGCUUUCUUGUGUAACACUCCACCGACAGCCCAGAAUUGGAAAGAGUCAAAGUUUCCUCUCGGAUAUUCGAUUCUCUGAAGUUUCCCUGAUGGAAUAUCUAUGUUGAGGUACACGUAAUUAGACAAACUUGGUUGUGUCACCCCAUUUUUGGAGUCCAACUUCUUAUUCUAUAUUUUCAACCAAGCCUACAGUAUCUUGCACACAAAUAAAGCCGAAACGUGUCAAGCUUGAAAUCUAAUCAAAGUAUAGUUAAUGGGAAAUAAAUUCCAAUUUAAGGUGCUUUUCAAUUAAAACAUUUUUUUUUUUUUACCUACCACCAAGAUAUUACUUUACACAAUAAGUUUUAGUAUUGUCUGUCUGUAUUAGUCCCAGACAAAUAUAUUUGUAUAUAUGCUUUACUGUAUACAGUAAAGCAACCGCAGUUGCACAGAAAAUAAGUACUGGAAAUAUGGCUUCAUAAUGAUCUUUGAAUCCCAGGGAUAUAUUUCCAUAGCCUCGAGCCCACAAGGUGAUCAAACCAAAGCAGAAUAUCAUUGCAUUGGCUAUUUUGUAGCUUUACUAUUGGUACGAGUGCGCUGGGAGUCAGGAGGCAAGUUCAGGGAGUGUUUUAAUCAAUAAAUGUAACAUAGUACAAAACACAAACAACGCACCUACAAGAAACAGAAACAAUGACGCCUGGGGAAGGAACCAAAGCGAGUGAAAUAUGUAGGACAGGUAAUCAAGGCGGCGAUGGGAGUCCAGGUGAGUGCUAAUGCGCGUAACGAUGGUGACAGGUGUGCGCCUUAACGAGCAGCCUGGUGAGCUAGAGGCCGGAGAGGUUUCACACGUGACAACUAUUUAUUUAUGUAUACAAAUAGCCAAAUAAAAAAUAACUAAAACAAAGUUUAAAAACGGAAGAUAACAUCUGGACUCAGUUAAUGUUCUGAACCCAAAUGAAAGAAUGUUGAAACAUGCGGAUAUUGCUGUAUAGUAUUGGUUUAUGUGGUAUGCAAUAAAGUUUAUGUUCACUUCCUUGCUUUAAAAGUAGUUUGGUAUCUACUGGAUUUGAAUAGUACUGCAGGACUAUUUUGAGUUAUUACUAUUUACUUAUACGUUUUCCCCAAACACAAUACUGAUAUUACUUCAAAACGAUCCCCAAUUGAAAAUCCAAAUUAAGUACUAUUUCAACUGGCUGGUGUUCAAGACUGCUGAAAUAUUUUUCUAACAGUGUGUGACAUUUUUUCAUUACAUUUUCUGCUGGACAGUAAUAUAGUAUUAAACAAAGUAUUGUACCUGCUAGAUCGCAGUUAUAUCUGUUUUAGCCAACCAUAGUUGUUUUUUGUUGUUACAGUGUGAUCACACAUAGACAAUAAUGAAGAUUGAAGUUCCGUUUUUUGUGAAUUAAUGCACUUUAACACUUGUUUACAGUGCAUUAAUGUAAAGAUGCAGUUGAAAUACUCAGCAUAUUAUUUAUUGAUUUAAAAAAAAAAAAACUAUUUAAUAAGAGUAUUUUUUUACCUCAAGUUUUUCAACUCCUGUCUUUUCACAGGAAAAUAUCUCAGUCAUUAGAGGAUGCCAAAGCUCCUCACAAUAUAAUAAUUGGAUACUGUACAUGGUACUCUCUUGUGGGAGACGAAUGCUACUGCAACAUGCUUUUUCCAUGUUGCCAAACCGGCAGUUACAAUGCAAUACCAAAUGCACUGCUGGUCAGUGAAACUACCAACUACAAAAUGCCUGUACACAAUUGAAUGUUUUCAAAUAUUAAUGCAGCUAAGAGUUGUUUUUUUUAAUAGUUUGUACAUUUUUUUGUUCACUUUAUUCUAUUUGGCUAUCUUUUUUUCCCAACCUUCUAAAUGACUUCCCCCCCCAUGCUGUGUGCUGCAACUAGCAAAAUCAUGGACACUUCCUUUCUCCUUAUUGGUCUGUACGUAAUGCCUGAUUCAAAUCAUAUUUAUUUUUGACCUAAUGUUUAUACCUCCCAUUUGUGGUUUGACAAUCAAAUAUGUAUCCACUGCCUCACUAGACUGGACUAGACCUGUCAACCUAGUACAAAAGUCAAUAAUGUGUGAUAUACUGUAUCAUUUUUUUUGACAUUUCUACAGUCUAUUUGGUAUGAAUUUCAAGCCGUUGCAUACAGAUCUAUAGAAGCUGAAGUUAGUUCUGCUUCACAAAUGGAGGGUAUAAAAUGCUCUUUAUCUCACCCAUCAUAUCCCAUCUAAAGCAAUGGAAAUCAAUAAUUAGGUCUAUGUCAAGUACAACUACAGUUGAUACAGAACCCCUAACCCAUCUCCCUCCCCUCGACAAAGGCAUUAUGUAAACAUGUUGAAUCACCCAUAACAUUUCGCUUCAGCACAUAUUAAUGCAUAUCGCUAUUGUUUAAUUGAGCUCAAUUUACAUGGCUUCUCUGCCUGCGCCUGCAAAUUACAAGGGAAUUGUAAUGUGUCAAGCUUGACUUUUUCAUAUUUAGUAUUAUGUAUUUUUUCAAUAUUUUUUUUUUCAAUAAUUUGUUCAAUGUUUUGGUCAAAAUGAUACAUUGUGUCUUAUUUGUUUUUAGUUUUCACCCCAUUGUAUUUGAAUAUCUUUCAGAAAUGUAAUAAUGAGGAAAUGUGCAAUAGAAAUAGGCAUCUUUAAAAAGCAUAGCUAUAGAAAAACAUGAUCAACAUGACCUCCUCUUUCAACAUGCCUAAGGAUAUAUGAUACAAAAAGAUAUUGUAUAUCCCUUAAUCCAUUCAAGCCAUCAUCGGUCAUGUAAACACCUUUAGGUCAUGACUCAUUUCAGGUCCACUGCUUUUUUCAUAUUAGCCUUUUUCAAAACAGCAACAAUCUAAUGGCACUAAACAGACUCCAAUCCCAUUGGAGAUGCUUACUUCCAUUGAGCUACAGCACAACAUGUUGUGACAUGAUGGACAUGAUUUUUUACCAAUGGUCACGUAAGAAUCGCUUCUGGUCCUUCCUCCUGGCUAGCGUGCGUGGCUAGUGGACUGUGAAUGUCACCGGUAGAAGCCAAUGACCCGGGUUCCGACCUCGUUAACAUCUAGCUGUUCUCUACCACAGAUCCACAGCGGUAAGAGUUGUGUCAGCAUCGAGGGCCUCUAGGUACUCACCAGACUGCCUUCGAGCUGUCACGUUUGUGCCUGAACAAAAUGUUUUUGUUCUUGGAGUAUCUCUCUCCUCCACCUACAGUACGCAGAUGCCUCCAUGCCAUUUGAACACAAGCCCUGCCGGCCUCUUUCAACCCUGUUGCCAUGGCAAAAGUGACAUUUGGAACCAUCACAGAUGUCAACCGCGUAAUGUAAACUGGGAGAGAGACUGUUAACCGGUAGUCUUGUAGGGAAACAGCGAUGUGUACUACAGGGCCAUAGUAGUUUAAUCCAUCCGCUUCCAAACCUAUACCUACCACCAAAUAUAAGAAAACACUUUUUUUUUAUGUAUCUCCAUGUCCUCGAUUAAGCCCCAUGGGAAUUCAUUUCAGACUUGACCAUGUUCAGAAUGUUUUGAAUCUUCUGAGGAGAAAGAGAGAAAAUACUACAUGGGUUUGGUUCUUUGUCAACAGAUUACAACAGUGAUGUUCUUGAGGUCCACUAAAACUGGUUGGUUUAAAAGUUUCCUCUACAGAUGAUUUUUUUUUAAUCACUUAUCCCCACAUAACAGUUAAGGUGCUUCGUGGCUUUGGAAGGUCUCGGUUCAUUUCCUUUCCCCUCCAGUAGGUUUGAUAGGGAAGAAACACACACACACCCUUGAGUUUUAACUUUGGUGGAGGGUGCCACAGAUUUGUGGUAAAGUAGCACCCAUGCACGGGGCGACACACACACACACACACACACACAGGCGAGGGAUGCCAUUUAUGUCAGAGGGAAUAGAUUAGAGCCUCUACCAUAUUUGCGAAUUCAGCCAAGUGAGACAGUCCCUGCUGACACCACACUGCCUCGACUCUCUGCCCCCGCCUCCUUUCUCUCUUUUUAUUUUAACAAAUUGGCGGGCCUUCUCGAGCGUGACGUUCCCUUAAGCCUAGUAAUCCUAGAUAGCACCAGUCGGAAUGUCCUUUUUCCUUCCCGGAUCUUUUUUUCUACUCUUCCUUUACUAGUGCCUCCUUGCUCACUCUUUGGCCUUUUCCACCAUACUUCCGCCAUGUUCUUUUUCUUUCUUUCGCCUCAACCAAAGCUAGCAGUUCCCAGUGCCGAAAGCUAGUCACUUGAAGUAAGAAGAAAGAAGAGAUUGGAAGUGUUGAGUGUAUCUAGUGUAUGAGGUUUGGGUCGUAGAAGCAUGUGAUGUGAGAUAUUGUGUGUUGGUGUGUUUGAGAGAGAGGACGUGUGCACUGUGAUGAGAUGGAUUGCGUGCAGGUGAGGUCAGGAGAAAGAUAGGAGGAGGUCAGGUAUGAGGUUAGUUGUGUGUGGGAUGCGUCGGGAAACCUGAGAUGGAUCAGAUUGUGGAUCGUAGAUGGCAUGGCAAGAAUGAGACAGAGACAGAGAACAAGACAGAGACGAGACAGAGAUAGGGAACAAGAGAGAGUGAGAAUGAGAGAAAGAGAGACAGGAGCUGGAUACAUUUGUGGACAUUGUGCUCCUCUGUUCAUGCUGACUGGACUUCCAUUAAAACCAGCAGCAACAGUUUCCAUCAGAGACAAUGAAUAACACUGCAUCAUACUUCCUCCUCUUCUCCCAUCUCCCAUGGCUUGGGCUAAUGAACUAUCCAAUGUACGAUGCGUGGCUGUGAAAUCUCAUUAUCAAAACACCAUUUUAAUUGCGGUAGUUAAAGGUUUGAAGGCCAGUAAUUCUCGCGCCGGUGGCGCCCUGAUAGCGGGGUCGCACAGCCACGAGGGGCUAAUCUAAAACAAAUGAGAUUGCGGCUGUCGAAGAUGGAUAGAUGCUCUCACUCUUUGUCGCUCUCGUUCUGUCUCUCUCCAGCUUUUUAGCGGGUGGCAUAUUAAUCAUGUGUCUGAUUAAUUCAACAUUAUAUAAUUUGCUGUGAUGAAGCUUCAACUUCUGUCUGAUGGCUUAUUCUGUCCUGGUGUGAAGGGAGAGGCUGGAGAGCCAGGUUAAUGAGGGAAAGGGUAGGAGAUGUGAUGAUUUGAGAAAGUUAGUAGUAAGUGUUUGUGAAAGGGGUGUGAGGUGUUUAACCUAAGGGUUGUUUUUAGUAGGUAUUUUGAACAUAACUUUUUUAGAGUGAAUUUUUUAUGUUGUUUGCUCAUGAAGGAAGUCAAUGAAUGAAUGAAAAGAAGAAGAAAAAGAGGGAUGAAAGCUUACUCAGUGCUAGAACUGAUGGUAACGCUUCAGACAGGUGGAAUGGGACUGCCGACUACGCCAAGUGUUACUUAACACAACAGGUGGCGUUGGGGCAUUGCUUAGAAUGCUAAUGUAUUGCAUGGCUGAGGAAUAGUGCAUGCUGGUUCUUUUUUUGUGUUUCCUGCUGUGCUGAGACUCUCACUGUUUGACUUCCUGUUCUAAUUACUACUUUAUACUCUCUUUAAUUAACCCUCAGACAGAUACAUCAUGUCAUAUCACUCUUAGCAAUAACUGCUCACACUGCUUAAAACUACCUUCCUUUUUUUGUAUGGGUACCAAUAUGGACCAUAUUUAUUGCCACAUCCAUAUUUUCUGGAGGGAGGAUUUGUCAGAUAAAGAUGUGUGUCAUUUCAGGGGUCACCGAAUUAUUUUUAGUUUGCGUAGUCAAAAGUCUUGUUAUUACCUAAGAUCAGGCCUUCAUGAGCAUUCUCUGAUGCCAGUUAUAGUCUAAUUGCUAUUUACAGUAGAAAGUAGUGUGGCAAGUCUCCAACACUGUCACAAAAACCUAAUUUGUAGACAAGGCCUCAAACCAAAGUUAUACUCUCUAAACCUAUGCUCUGUAAACCAUCUAGGUCCUUAUACCCAAACUUGAAACAAUAAUGACCCCACUACCAGCAGGUCAACUCUGUUACAUCAUACCACCAGUGCUUCGAGUUGGACCAAAGGAGUUGCUAUAAUAUAAUAUAAUAUAUAAUUUAAUUUGCACAAUUCUUAUGCAACAUUUGUGUUCAACUCUAUAUAGAGACAACUAUAGAGACUAGUCCUGUUUUCAAAAGAAAGGUGUCGUGGGAGGAUGGAGUUCAAGAGAAACGUGUUUUCUGAUUCCUUUUGUAAAUGUCACUGACGUUGAGUCAUUCGGUGUGACAAAAUGUAAUGUUGUGUGACAAGGCGAUAAAGAAGCAGGACAUGUCAGGACAUGUCAUGAUUUUACAAUUUGGCAUCAGUGAGUCAAUAAGUGUAUGUGAAAGUACAGCAAAUGUACAAAUAAUCGAAUCAGUGUACUCUUCAACGGGAAACAUAACAAUUGGUCUGUGUGCCAGCGGUUCUUUUUGAAAACGGCCGUCCCUUUUUACCGUUUUCAUUUUGAAAACCUUUUUGUUGUUGUUGUGUCUUGUUCCUGUUUACAUUGUAUCUUGCAUUGCCCCUAAUGAGAAACACUAUUAAAUGUAUUAUCUUUGUUUAAUUCA